GGGGCUGGUUGUGCUGGCGGGCAGCGGCCCUUCAGCGCCCGCGGCCCCCCCGGGGGUGAGCGGAGGCCAGGGGAGGCUCAGCCUGUCCCUCUUGUCCCAGCGCUGGUGACCCCGGAGCUGCCGUCGCCGCUGCUCGGAGGCGGUUGUGCGGCCACUUCGGGAGCGCCCGGCGCUGCGGCCGGGACGCCGGAGCUGAGGGCCGGAGCUGGGGCAGGCGGGAGCACCGGGGAUCCUAUAAUGGCUCCUUUCAUCCCGCGGCGGUGGCCGGCGGCCAGGGCUGAGUCAGGCUGGGCCAGUUUGGCCGUGUGAGCCCCUUGCCUGGAGCCUCGUGGGGUCCCCUCUGCCCCCCGCUGCCCAGCCAGCCAUGGAGGAGGAAGAGGAGGCCAUAGGGUACCUGGAUAAAGUGCUGGAGGAUGAAGAUGACUCCGAGCCGGGAACCCCCACCAGCCCCGGGUCUCCGUUCUCGGCCGGCGAGAAGGGUGAGCGAGAUGCUGGCAAAGGCCUGGAGAUGCGGAAGCUGGUGCUCUCUGGUUUCCUGGCCAGCGAGGAGAUCUACAUCAACCAGCUGGAGGCCCUCUUGUUGCCAAUGAAGCCACUGAAGGCCACGGCCACUACGUCGCAGCCUGUCCUCACCCUCCAGCAGAUCGAGACCAUUUUCUACAAGAUCCAGGACAUCUAUGAGAUCCACAAGGAGUUCUAUGACAGCCUGUGCCCAAAGGUGCAGCAGUGGGACAGCAAUGUCACCAUGGGCCACCUCUUCCAGAAGCUGGCCAGCCAGUUGGGGGUCUACAAGGCCUUUGUGGAUAACUACAAAAUUGCACUGGAAACAGCAGAGAAGUGCAGCCACAGCAACUACCAGUUCCAGAAGAUCUCAGAGGAGCUGAAGGUGAAGGGCCCCAAGGACUCGAAGGAGAGCCACACGUCAGUCACCAUGGAGGCUCUGCUGUACAAACCCAUCGACCGGGUGACACGGAGCACCCUCGUCCUUCACGACCUCCUCAAGCACACCCCAGCCGACCACCCUGACUACCCACUACUCCAGGAUGCCCUCCGUAUCUCACAGAACUUCCUCUCCAGCAUUAAUGAGGACAUUGAUCCCCGGAGGACAGCAGUCACCACCCCCAAGGGGGAGACCCGGCAGCUGGUCAAGGAUGGCUUCUUGGUGGAGCUGUCAGAGGGCUCGCGGAAGCUGCGGCACGUCUUCCUCUUCACCGAUGUGCUGCUCUGUGCCAAGCUGAAGAAGACGGCGGUGGGGAAGCACCAGCAGUACGACUGCAAGUGGUACGUGCCCCUGGCCGACCUGGUGUUCCCCUCACCCGAGGAGUCAGAGCACUGCCCGCAGGUCCAUGUCAUCCCUGACCACGAGCUGGAGGACAUGAAGAUGAAGAUCUCGGCCAUCAAGAGCGAGGUGCAGAAGGAGAAAGCCAACAAGGGGCAGAGCAGGGCCAUUGAGCGCCUCAAGAAGAAGAUGUUUGAGAACGAAUUCUGGCUGCUCCUCAACUCGCCCGCCAUCCCCUUCCGCAUCCACAACCGCAACGGGAAGAGCUACCUCUUCCUGCUGUCCUCUGACUACGAGAGGUCUGAGUGGAGGGAGGCCAUUCAGAAACUGCAGAAAAAGGAUCUCCAGGCUUUUGUCCUGAGCUCGGUGGAGCUGCAGGUGCUCACGGGAUCCUGCUUCAAGCUACGAACCGUCCACAACAUCCCGGUCACCAGCAAUAAGGACGAUGAUGAGUCUCCUGGGCUCUAUGGGUUCCUGCACGUCAUUGUCCACUCCGCCAAGGGCUUCAAGCAGUCUGCCAACCUUUACUGCACACUGGAGGUGGACUCCUUCGGCUACUUUGUCAGCAAAGCCAAGACCAGGGUUUUCCGGGACACCACUGAGCCACAGUGGAAUGAGGAGUUCGAGAUUGAGCUGGAGGGCUCCCAGUCCCUGCGCAUCCUCUGCUACGAGAAGUGCUAUGACAAGACCAAGCUCAACAAGGACAACAAUGAAAUCGUGGACAAGAUCAUGGGCAAGGGGCAGAUCCAGCUGGACCCUCAGGCCGUGCAGACAAAGAACUGGCACAUGGAUGUGAUUGAGAUGAACGGGAUCAAGGUGGAGUUCUCCAUGAAGUUCACGAGCAGAGACAUGAGCCUGAAGAGAACCCCAUCCAAAAAGCAGACGGGUGUCUUCGGGGUCAAAAUCAGCGUCGUGACGAAGCGCGAGCGCUCCAAGGUGCCUUACAUCGUGCGCCAGUGCAUCGAGGAGGUGGAGAAGAGGGGCAUCGAAGAGGUCGGCAUCUACAGGAUCUCUGGCGUGGCCACUGACAUCCAGGCAUUGAAAGCUGUCUUUGAUGCAAAUAACAAGGACAUCCUCGUCAUGCUGAGUGACAUGGACAUCAACGCCAUCGCUGGCACGCUGAAGCUGUACUUCCGCGAGCUGCCCGAGCCCCUCCUCACUGACAGACUCUACCCUGCCUUCAUGGAGGGGAUCGCCCUCUCGGAUCCUGCUGCCAAGGAGAACUGCAUGAUGCACCUUCUCCGCUCGCUGCCUGACCCCAACCUCAUCACCUUCCUCUUUCUGCUGGAGCACUUGAAAAGGGUAGCUGAAAAGGAGCCCAUCAACAAAAUGUCUCUCCACAACCUGGCCACGGUCUUUGGACCAACGCUGCUGAGACCCUCAGAGGUGGAGAGCAAGGCACACCUCACCCUGGCCUCUGACAUCUGGUCCCACGAUGUGAUGGCCCAGGUCCAGGUCCUUCUCUACUACCUGCAGCAUCCUCCCAUCUCCUUCACCGAGCUGAAACGCAACACACUUUACUUCUCCACGGACGUGUAGCUGGCAGGGAGAAGGCACCAGCUGCAAACACUCCCAGGUCCCUGCUGGGGGACAUAGACUGGAUUGCAGUCCCCCCAGGGAGACCGGCCCGGACCCAGGAUGGUGCCACCUGCAGCUCCUGUACAAUCGUGUACCAGUGGCCCGGUCCCUCCCAGGAGCCGUGCUUCUCUGUAAAGUAGUCGUGUCUUAUGUCCCUUCUUGUGUUCAAGAAUUGUUUUUAUGUAUAUUUGCUCAACAGAAGAGGUAGUGACUGACAACGGCUGUGGACACAGGCUUCCCCCUCGGCUAGUUUUCUCCUGGACUCCUUUCUGCCCGCUCACUCCUACAAGGCACCCCUCAUCUUGCCCAGCUCCAAGCCUGCAGUGUCCCACCAGUGCCUGUUUUGCUGCCCAGCUCCCCUGUCCCACGCCUGCAUGUGCAGCACCGACUCGCUUCAGAGGCUGGGAGCUCACGGGCUUCCCUCCCCGCUGACGGUGACAACCAGCUCUGCUUUGUCUUGCUGCCUGUGCAAACCUUGGACCCUGUGCCUGGAUCCUGCCCUGGCCCAAGCAAACCUGUGACCACGAGAGCAGAGGAGCAGGGUGCUGCUUCCUCCUGGCCACAUCUCUUCUGGGUGCUUUCAGGCCAGUCCCCUCUUGCAGCUCUUGCCCUGUGCUUUGCCUGUGUGCGUGUAGCGUGGCGGUGACUUCCCUCGCUGUAUCUCACCUCCAAGGAGUGUUUUGGGGUGACCCAUCACACAAGGCUGGAGCAAGAGGUGCUGUGCUGGUCUCGAUCCACGGCAGGCUGGAGGUGCCUCUGGCACCAAAAAGGUCCCAUCAGGGCAGGUGGAUCCCACAAUUUGCCCCACAAGCCCUGGCAGAUAGGGAGCAGGGUCCCCGCUGUUUCCAUAUGCCCGUAUCUCUGCUGUGGCAAGGCACUGUAAGAGCUGCCAACACUGCCUGUGUCCUGUGACAGCCUGCCAGGGCACCAGCAUUCCCACUGUGGCCACAAAAACAGGGAGGGGUCAGUUGUGGUGUUUUGUUUUUUUUUUAACCCCUCUUUAGCCUUCCUCACUGCCCUGGACACCAGGCAAAUGGCAGCACAUGGCCUUGUCUUGGUGCUAUCCUGGUUGCCAGAGGCAAGUGCUCUGUGGCACCCAGCCUGGAGGGCAGCACAGAGAGAGGGGAGGAGGAAAUCCUCCAUGGCCCUUGCUACCGAAGGGCUUCAUUUGCUCUUUCUCACAAAGCAGCUGCUGCUGGGCUACAGCCAUGCCCAGCCAGCCCAGGUCCGUUUUAGUCAGUGGAUCCAGUGCUUGGCCAUGGGCUGAUGGCUGGAGCUGUCAUGCCACGUCCCAGGGCAGCACAGCCACAUGCCUGUGCUCCCUGCCAGGCUGUGCUCCAGCUGCUCCAGUGCCUGGCUCCCAGUGUGACCCCCACCGUCCCACACUCACAGGUAGGUGUUGGUACCUGUUGGGACACAAAACCUUUCGCUCUGUGAGCCGAGUCCGUGUUCCCGUGGGAAAAGCCCCCUCCCCCCCCCUUCCCGCUUGCAUUGGGCCUGUGCUCGCCUGUGCCAAAUGGAGAUGGAUGAGAAGUGACCAAGCCUGUCCCUGCUAAGAGCAGCUUUGCCUUUACCCUCCUGACUAACAGACUGUUCCAGGUAGAGCCCGGCCACCCGCCACCGACACACCAGGUAUGUCCUAAGCCCACCUCCCCAGGGAAGGCAGCAUCUGCCAGCCCCCCACCAGCAAAGUAACUAAAGGCGGGGACAUCUUCCAGUCCCCCUCCAAAGGGCUCACACUCCAGACUCUGCUCCUCUCGACUACCAGCUAGACAGAAGGGAAACAGCAUUGCAGAAAAUAACCAGGCAUCUGUCUUGGCCCUGGACCCAGUAAGGAGGCCGAGGUUUAAAUCUGACUGCACAACGGAUCCCUCUGUGUGUGUCUGAUUUGUUACAUGUGUCCAAGACUGUCCAUGAUUCUGUCAUUCCAGAUGGAGACUCUGUACAGCCAAAUCCACCCCCCCUCCAUGCAGCAGUGGCUGGAGGCCUGGUCCACACAAGCCCCAGCUCAACAGGCUGUGGCUGUCCCUGUGACUGGCUUUUGCUUGACCCUACAGGAAGGAUAAAAAAAACACAAGGGGGGGUUGGACUCUUGCAGCUACAGGUAGAAUAGAACUGUUAAUUAAUAUUUGACUUUCAAAAGUUGUUAAGGAUAUAUUUUUGUUUGUGUUCUGUUUCAAUUUCUGUAGAUUAUAAACUUUAAAUGGCUGUAAACCAUGUGAGGAAGGAAAAAAAAAGUUAAUAAAAAUGCAAAGCCCCAACAUUUGCACAAAAGGA